AAAAUGACUGUUAGCCAAUCAAAUUAGUUGUUUCAUCUUUGUCCAAUCAGGGCCAUGGAUACAUUCUUCUCCCUUCCAUUUGAAAUCAUGCCGCCAGCAACACAACAACAGCACGCGAUUACGCUCAAAGGAUCUGCCGAAAUAGUGGCAGAAUUCUUCUUCUAUGGCAUCAAUAGUAUACUCUACCAGAGAGGGAUCUACCCAACGGAACAGUUUCAAAGGACGGCACAAUAUGGCAUGUCCCUUCUUGUCACCACAGAUAAUGAGGUUACCACUUAUGUCAAAGAACUGCUUGCACAAGUCAAAGGUUGGUUGAUGAAUAUGUGCAUCCAGAAACUGGUGGUGGUGAUCAAAUGUAAAGAGACCAAUGAGACCUUGGAGAAGUGGCAGUUCAACAUUGAAUGCGACAAGACUGCUAAGGAAACUGGCAAAGCUGGUGCAGGAAAGGAGGAGAAAGACAUUCGCAAGGAAAUUGGUUCAGUACUUCGUCAGAUCACAGCAAGCGUCUCCUUCCUGCCAUUACUUGACAAAGUCUGUGUCUUUGAUGUACUAGUUUACACGGACCGUGACUUGGAAGUUCCAGAGGAAUGGGGCGAAUCGAAUGCUCACUUCAUUGAGAAUUCAGAGGAAGUGCGUCUCCGAUCCUUCAAUACUCGUAUUCAUAAAGUGGAUGCCAUGGUGUGCUAUAAGAACAUUGACUAAAUGCGCUCAUUUCAAAAUUGUAUUCGUAAAGUCGAUGCCUGGCGUGGUACAAGAACAUUGAUGUAUGCCAUAAACUGUGUCUGAGAAUCCGAUCUAGUCUUUCCUGGAGGUAUGUGUGCAUGUUUUGGUGUCUUUCCUUUUGAAGGAGGACAAUCGAUUGCCUGAAUGAGGGGAGUGCGAGAAACCUCCUCCCUGUGCAUGUACGCAUCUUGUAUGCUCUGAAACCAACCCGCCCUCUGUGCAUACAUGUACAUGUACGUACUAUUAUUUGAUAAGGGCUGCUAUUCUCUUGAGCCUAUAGUCCUUAAUCAAACCUGAAACCUUUGCUUAACUUACGUGUACAAUUCAGUUUAAUUGGAAAGUGGGCUUAAGAUUGCUUGUUGAUUAUCAAUUUUGGGAGGCAGGAGGAUGAAAGUCGAUGUCAGUAUCUUGGGCCUGCCACGUGGGUGUGGGUCAGAUAAGUUUUGGAUCACUGUAUGCAGAUAGUGCUUCAGCUAGAAUUCUAAAAAAAGGAGGGGCAGAAAAGGUCUGAAAGGACAGGAUGCAGUGCCCUGUUUUGUAAGGAAAGUGCAUUGGACUCUGAUGAAAAACAGCAGGAUAAUAAGAAUAAUUGAGAAAAGACACAGAGUGUCGCUCCUUGCAAAAACAUGGCUGAAAUACUAGCAGAGUUUAUUGAUGUGAAUUUCACCACUGUUACACAAAUUGCAAUUAACUUUUGACCUUGAUGCAGUUUGCAUCCAACCACCACUUGACUGCAAGUAUGUACAUGUAAUCCAUUUCAGUUGUUGUCCGUUGGUAUUGUAUAUAUAAAGUUGAAAAUAG